CAUGAACAGGUAGCUAUCUACAAGGAAAGAUUAACAACGCCUUUAAUGGCAUCAAACAUGGAAUGGUGUAUGUUGUUUGUUUGGUUAUGUCUGGGAUUUUGUGCAAGUCAAGAUACUUCACCGAUGACUGAAACUGCUCCCACCCCAGAAAUGUCUCCACCCGACCUACUGCCCCUCAUCGUUCCAACGGUGGUUACGGUUCUGUGUACAAUCAUCAUUAUCGUUGUUAUUAUCCUCUACCUCCGUUUUUGUCAUCAGACAGGGGGAGACAAAGUCUCAGAUGCGGAAACAGGCAAAAAGACAGACAAAAAGACAGACAAGCCCAGCAGUAGGUUUGAGAUGGCACUACUUAGCACUGCUUCCACAGACAGAGAGGCAGAGUCCGUCCUGAAUGGAGCUAAAGAACAACUGAGAGAGAUUAAAAGUCUUGAGAAAAACCUUGCACUUUCCGUAAAAGAAUUCAAGAGCCUGAUGUGGCAUGCAAGCUCAGUUUUAAAGCUAAUAGACGAGGGAAUAGAUGAAGAAAAUGAACCUAAAAACCUGAAAGAUGAACUUUUUGAAGAAGUCAACAAGAGAGUGGCUAAGGAUCCCAAAGACAAACCAGACGAAGAAGAAGACGAGUCAAAGGUCAGGAGAAUCGAAAGUGUUAGGGAGAAACAAAACAGACUUUUUACAGAAACAAUCAAAGUUCUGAAUGAAGGCAAAAAACACAUCAAGGAAGCAAAUCAGAAAGACAUAGAAAUCAGAAACUUCACAAAAGAUGGAAAGAAAGCUUUAUCCCAAGUGAAGGACCGUGUUCGCGAAAUGAGGAAGUCAUCAGGUGCGGAUAAAAAGAAGGACGGGAAACAUGGGAAAUUCGGAACGGGAGAGGAGAAGAAACCUUUACUGGACCAAAAGAAAUGAUAGGAAGAAAUGGAGAUUUCUACACCAGCUUCUAUUGUUGUGUUCCGUGCUAGUACUGUCAUCGAAUACAUAAAUCAUACAUGUACAACAAUGUAGAUGAUUUCAGUUCUUAAGUCUACAUAUAUGCUGUAAAUUUAUAUAUCUUAUUUCCAUCUCACAGUUCAGUAGUACAUUUUAGCUGAGGUAAACCCAAGGCGAAUUUCUCGAAUACUAGUAGGCUUAAAAAAUGGGCAUUUAAAUAGGAAGGCUUUUGUAUGAGACAGAGUAACUGUUAAUAACAUUUUAUUUAGAUAAAGCACAGUCAGUAAAGAAAUGGUGAAUAUUGAAUUGUCUGACUCUAACAUUUUAAUUUUUUUUUUUUAAUGCAAAACUUUUUUUUUCCAAAUCUGUAACAUUCCACAGAAACAUUGAAAUACUUCAUUUGCCUUGUUUUUCCUCCGACUCCCGCUAUUCAGUAAAUUCAGUAUAUGGAAAACGAAACUAAUUAGAAAUCAAAAUAAGGUAGAAUUUAAUAACGGCUUCGCUCAGAUAUUUUAAUUAAAUAAAGGUUUCGAAAAAGAGCAAAUUGAAGAUACUCUUCGACGAACAAUUAAAAAUAAAAAACCACACAGGAUGAUAUAUCACCUAGCGGUUAUUUGAUGUAAUAUGCGUUUUACCACAAAAUAAAACAAUAUAAUAACUUUUUAAAACAUUCUUACGUUUCUAAGAGUAUAUUUUAGAUAAAUACGUGUUAUUUUUGUAAUAUAUUUAUUGUGUACAUGUCGUAUUAUCAUAUGCUUUUUCUAUGUAUCAUUGCACAGCAUGUGUCUAGCAGAAACUGCACUAUUCAUCAUUCCAUGAUGUAAUAUUGAAAGGACCAUACAUGUAACUGUGCGCAUUUAUAUCAAGUUUGAAGGUAGCGUCUUCCAAAAUCGCAAUAUCUUGAUUGCAAUCAAAUGUAUUAAAUGGGUUGUAUUUUUAAAGCUUUCUGAAAUGAUUGCUUUACAUGGUUCUUGUUUAAUUUUUCAUUUUUUAUGCCAUUAUUUAAUAGUGUAUUAAUUUAAUAAAGGAUUUUACUGUU